CGGGCCUGGAACGAGCUGAUGCCGGUGGGCAUGGGCUUCCAGCAGAUCCCCGACCCGUCGCAGUACCACGACCUGCCGACGCCCAUCGUGUGGCCGGGCGCGACCGUCUUCACCACGUCGAUGACGCACCAGCUGCACUGCCUGUUCGCGGUGGUGGAGGUCUAUAGCGGGCUGAAGGCCAACCAUCCGCUGCCCGAGGACCACCACUGGCACAUGAUACACUGCUUUGAUUAUAUGCGGCAGGCGAUUAUGUGUAGUGCGGAUAUGAGUCUGGAGGGGCUGGAGACGACGUUCCCGGAUCAUAAUGGGGGGAGUGAUGGGUGGGAUAGUAAGCAUGUUUGUAAGGAUUAUGGGGAGGUGAGGAAGUGGUUGGAGGGGGUGAGGGCGUAUGAUGAUCAGGAGAUAUUUUAAGGGUGUGGAUAGAGGAGAC